AUGGCCGACCAUAACAAAACCUACGGCUUCACAAUCAACAUCUUCGACGACCCCAGCUCCGUCGCCUCCCUCUGGCCCGAAACCCAAUCUUUUCUCAAAUCGCACCCGGACUAUCUAGCAGCAGACAACUCGCUCAUGUGGCUCACAGACCGCACUUUACGACCUGACCACACAGACGCCGCAAAUGGUUACAGCACGUGCCAUUUCUGGUCGAAUUUUGAGAUUGGCGAUCUUGACUUCUGGCGUUCGACAAAAUAUCAACAGUAUUUUGAGCAUUUGGAUCAGUCUGGUGGAUUCUUUUACGAGAGGUGGGGGGAUGCGCCAGUUCAUAGCGUUGCGUUGGGAUUAUUUGAGGACAAUUCGAGGAUUCAUUGGUACUUCACCCCUUUCGUUUCCCCCCUUCGUGUUACACCAGUGUACUGA